AUGCUGACACCUCCCAAGCUGAUACCGUCAUUUCAACGGACGCGGAUUCCGAGGGAUGACGGCUGGUGGAGCGCCGUUAAUCGCAAGGGAAAACAGGGCCUGGUCCCUAGCAACUUCUUAGCCCCGGCAAAAAAGAUCAUCACUGCAUCUGAUGCGAAAACUGCUUCGGCGAGCCCACCCAGUAUCGUAGUUACAGAACAGAGUCAAUCGGAUGUCUCCGAAGUGGAGGAGGUGGAGGAGGAAGUUUUCUCGGAGGAAGAAGCUGCGGUAGCGGAGGAACUGAUAGCUCUGCCACUGCUAACUGCAGGUAAUGACAAGUCGAUCACUUACGAAGGUGCAAAAGACACCGGUUCUGAGGAGGACACGGAAGAAGGCGGGGACGCGGCAACACUCUUACUAUCGCCCUUCCCACUGGAACAGGAAGAAAAGCAAAUGAAAGGAUCAUCCCUGGCAAAAAGUGAACCCUCUUUGAAACAAACAGCAAUGAAGUCCAAUGAAUCUUUACCGCUUGGCUUGCAUCUGAGCACCCUGGAACAGUGGGAGACGGAGAAGUACUCUCUCGGGCACUGGCUACAACCACAACUUGACUCUUCUGGCUUACACCUAGCUGACUUGGCCUUCAACGCUUCCACCUCGAAGGUAGUUCCGCGGCCUGGCCAAUGGCAGCGCGUUAUCACCAUCCAGAAGGUGGCCAAUCUGUCAAGCCUGCCGAAGACUGACCUUAUGGAAAUCAAAAGGUGCGUCCGAGUUUGCCUCUGCAAUGGCAAAACGGUGAUUAGUAACGUCUACCAGAUGGCACUCUCACCUCCGGGCAGCAAGGGCGCAACGUACACCGUGAACCCACUGGUAGGUGAUCUUUUUACUUCUUUUUCAGGCUUGAAUCGUUGUGCAAAAAGUUCCGAAGUUAGGUCAGGAACGAGGAUGGGCAUAUCCGGAAGUGCAAUGCCAACCAACAUGGCAUGCAGAUGCUAG